GGAGCACCAUUUGAACGGCCAAAACAAAACAAACAGUUUGUCAUUUCUUUUCAUUUCACUGCAGAGCACAUUUGUACGUUUUUCAGAGAAUAUUGCAGAGAUAUUCACGGCCAUUUUUCCAGACUUCAAGCGAAAGCACGUUCACCUUCAACUGCUCAGGUAAAAAUGGCUUCUUUCCACGAUGCACAAGGGUUCCAGGGUAACCAAGGUGAAGAGGGGGAUGUUGAUGUGAUAUCCGUGGAGCCUAUUGCGAUAAUAGUGCCGCCGGAGUUGCAGGAUUCGCCCAAAACCGCCGCACCUAGGAGUGAUGCUAGUUCGAGCGUGAGCGGUGGUUCUGAGGGCCACCAGCCUUCAACCUCUAGUGAUUCAUCAACGGAAGAGACACCUAGUGGGGCGGAGGGCGUUGAGGAGGUUGGUUGCAGUGCACCGGUGACAAGUGCAGCAGCAGAGGUGGUGGUGUUCGAAGGGUGGGAGAGCAAGGUUCUCAGUGGAAGGCUGGACAACCUUCGUAAGGCUCCCAAAACCUUGCCGGCCGGCUUCAAGUUCAGGGCGGUGCUUCAUCACGAGGUCGCAGAUGGCGCGGCCACGGUGAAGGGGUACAAGAAGCUGGAGGAGAUGGUGAGGUGAUUCCAGAUCCCCAGGACCAUCCUGAUCCGAGCUGGGACACCAAAUGAACGGGCGUGUUCAGU